AUGACUUCUCGAGGUUACAACAAGACGAUCAGCGAGGAAUCUAACAAGGGAAGCUCAAGACAGAACUUUGGGCCCAAUAGUGACGAUAACAGACGCACCAAUAGAUUCUCAUCAGUAAAGAAUUCCUUGCAAACUUGCAUGGGCUUUGUGGAUGGGCUCUGUUGUGCGAACCUGAAUCAGGUUGCAGCUGAAGACAGAGAGGAACGAAGCAGAGCCAACUUGAGGAACUACAUGACCUCGUACGAUCUCAGCUACUUGAAUAGCAAUAUUGGGGAUCCUGCUAACAAGACUGGGGAUGCUACCAGCAGCCAUAGCAGCCAUAGCAGCAGUCAAGAAGAGGAGGGGACGAUGCCUCCGUCAGCAACCGAGUCGAAGACCCCACCAGUCGAAAAAUGCACGACUGGCUGUGUGCAAAAUUUAUCAAGCAUGCAACACGCUAUACCAAACAGAGAAUUUGGACAUUCUGGACAUUCUGGACAUUCUCAAUUGCCUGUUAUGAAAGAUACUGGUAUCCAGGAACGUACUACCAUGGAUGAAGGUUACAACCAUGACGAUAGCAGCAGUUGCUGCCAUUCAUUUCAACAAUUCCAUGGAUUUGAGGACUAUGGUGGUUGUCAAGGAGGGCAAGACUCACAAUUCGCUCAACCUCAUACGUUGCAGUCUGCUGAUACUUACACGACUGUUUCUUUGAGCCAGUCUUACAGCACCAUGAUGUGGGAUGACGAAGAGGAUGAGGAGGAAGAGGAAGAUUCCAAUUCCGACUACUUCCAAUCUCCCCUGGACUCGGUCUUUCGUAAGGACGAAGAGAUGGAAGAAGCAUCCGUUGUGGAACACAGAGAUCCUCCAUCUUGUUCACAACCGCCAUCCUUUCCAACGUCUGCUGCUUUCGCUACCAAGACACACGAAGCCUACCAGUACCUUCUCCGCAUGACACCUCAGAACUACCUUCAUGGUUCUGGAUCAUCCUCCGAAGAUUUGGAAGCUGAGAAUUACUGUCACAGCAACCACACCACUUGUGUCUUGGAAAGCAGUUCCUCCACUGUUGAUAUCAAUCAAUGUGGGCCUCUCUUUCUGCACUGA